GUGACCUAUUGGAACGGGUUAUUAGAUAGUGAAGAAGCGCGAUCCCUCUAUGUAAACUUACCAUUCGGAGUAGCUUGCACGUCAGGGCCAUUCCAGCCCUUGAUAAAGGCUUGCACAUACAAAAGCAGGUUUUUCAUAUUGCUACCUUUGCUAGCAGGCUAGAAGGUGUAGCUGUACAACAUUUCCUAAAAGGCUCGGAUGUCCGACCGAAAAAUGCACAACAGCAUUCACUGAACAUACUCUUCCAAUCCUCUAUGCAUGACAUGGGGAUCUACUAUUGAAGGUUACUCUACUCGGUUCCUGUUGAACAGCUAUAAUCUUUUAGCUCUUGCGCACAAGGAUGCGCAAGUCAAGGUCAGCAGCCGUGUUGGACAUUGAGGCGGCCAAUCAGCCACAAGCACGAACGCCUCAGACAUACACGGCCUCUCGGGGAGCUAAUGGGCCACCAAGCGGGCAAGCUAACGGGGCCGGGCCCAGCAGCAGCCGACAGCAGGCUGUACACGACUACGCGGCUGACAACCUGGAGGAAGUGGCCCUCACAGGGGGCGCCUCCUCGCUACCAAAAUACCGCAGCACAAACCAUGAACUCAUUUUGGGGGCCUUCUUCAAGUACCUGAUGUGGGUCAUAGCCAUCGGGCCUUGGAAGUGCAUCAAGGGCUUAUCUUGGGUUCUCAACCGCUGGCAGCGCUUCGUUUACCCUCUGUCGUACGGCGUCUUCUACGGCAGCGACGCAAUGGAUAAGACCAUGCCCACCGUACGCGCCAUCAUCAUCUGGCUGUGGAACACGACGUCCCUGGCGUUGCACUUUGUGGACGUGAUCCUCAUCUUCGUUGUGAUCAAUAUUCUGUCGCAAAACGGCAACGGCUGGGUGUCCAUUGUGAUGGGGCUGCUGUACUUCCUUUCGCACUACCUGAUGGCCGUUAUCAUGUACAUGGAAAAUGAUCGGCCCAUAGAUUGCCCGGUAUAUAGCGGACUAGACUUCCUCAAUUUCGCACGGCGGCAGGUUGACGUGUUGUUUUUCGACAUCCAGCUGCUGUCCUCCGUCGUGCACAGCAACAUCAUGAUUGAGGGCAUGACGCAGAUGAUGCUGCAGGGCUACGAGGAGGCGCGCGUGUGUCUGCACAUGAUCAUGAACUCCCUGCCCGCCUGCAUCAUCCUGGGCGUGUUGUACGAUGCAAUAUACGCGCUCAAAGACGAGUUUGGCCACAUCCUGGAGCGCAAAUCCGCGCUGAACGCCAUCUACGCCGCCUUCAUGCUGGCGGUGAUCAACGUGAUCGACAAGUUCAUCCGCCUCUCGCUAGCGGACCCCUGGCUGCACCCGCUCAACGAGGACGGCUACCCGCUGUGCUACAUGCGCUCCAAUGCUGCUCGGCUGCCGCGGGCACUCGUGCUGGACUUUGUGUUCAGGUGUAACGUGCAGCUGGGCGAGAGUGGCGACAAGCUCACGCUGAAACCCUUGUACGAUAAAUACGUCAUCAACUGCAGGGGCGAGGCCAAACACCUGGCAGACGGUCACAAGAUGUCGUUGUUCCGUAAGGCCCUCCGCACAUUCAACAAGGGCGCCGUACGGUUUAACAGGGCGGAGGAGCUGGCGCGCAAGGUGGAUCAACACAUUUUGCGAGACCAGGCGCUGAAGGAGACCCGGACUGUUCGUGCAGUCGACGCGUCCAACAUACGGCCAGGUCCGCACAUGGCCCGCAUGUUGGAGGAGGUGCUCGCUGAGACCACCGGCUUCGACGUCCUCAGCCUGGCUGACAACCGGCUGAGCGACGAGUCGGUGUCGCACAUCAUGGAGGGGCUACGGCAUAACCUGUACGGAUUGAUGAUCAGGGACUUGGACCUGAGCAACAACGAUGUGGGGAUCACGGGAGCGGAGGCAGUGGCGACGUACAUCAUGCAGUACAAGUGCCUGGUAACGCUCAAUCUAGCGAACAACACCAACCUGGGGCCGGUGGGCGUCAAGGGCAUCGCAUCGGUCCUCAACGAGGACAAUGUGCUACAGCGGCUAGACCUCUCAAACUGCGAUGUGGGCGGGGAGGGCGCGGGGGCGCUGGGCGCCAUGCUCAAGGGCAACCGCGGUCUGCGCAGCCUAGGGCUGGCAAACACACGGCUGGGCACGCAGGGCGUGGACUCCAUAUGCAAGGGCAUUGCAAAGAACACUGCGCUCAAGGAGCUCGACCUCUCACGGACGGGCUGUGAUGACAAGGGCGCAGCGUAUCUGGCGCAGGCGCUGCAACAGAACAACACGCUGGAGCGGCUGCUCAUUGCCAACAACCGCAUCACGGACGUGGGCGCGAAACUGCUGGCAGACGCGUUGCAGGCCAACACUGGGCUGCACUACAUUGACCUGAGCGGCUGCCCCAUGGAUAAGAGCUGGAAGAAGCUGCUGCAUAACAUAAUGAAGGGCCAGGGGGGAGGCAGCGGACACUAGUAGCAGGCAGCGCGGAGGGCGCAGCUCCUUGGAGGGCUAUUUGGGAGGAGGAGUGCGAUUAACGCGACCGCGAGCAUGCAUGCGCGCAUGUUGAAGCGUUUGUAGGUGUGUGCAGCUGUGGUGCAUACGGUAGGUGCUGAGUGCGAAGGAUCUCCUGUAAGCAAAGGGUCCUAAAGGAGUGGUUUCAGGGUGCCUGUGUGCCGCGGCAGUUUAAGCCUUGGGGGUGUUUUACUCCGAAGUAUACGCCCUGGCGUUGGCGCAGGAAGGUAGGGCGGGGCGAGGCACAGGUCAAGGGUACGGGUCGAAGACGCCGUAGUAGUUGCAGGAGGCGCGAUUAGGUUUUCGGGUUUGGUGAUGUCUAGCAGCCUGCUAUGCAUGUCGGUGUGCAUGAUGGUGCAGAAGGUGGGUAUACCAGGCCGUACAGGACUACCUGGAAGGAGGGGGUUGAAUGCGCAGGGCAUUACGCCAUUUCUGUAAUACGACUAGCGGAGGACAUGGCAUGUAGGCUGCUAAGGCUCCAUGGGGAGGAUCCUGUUGUGGCGUACAGGCGAUGAAGGUAUAU